CACCAACCCAUGUGACGUGCGACGUUCUCCAUGGCCACAGGCCUAACAAACUAAUCCUGCAGGAGCAGGUCAGUGAACGCUGCUGAUUAAAGAGAUGCCGAUUAAAAAAGGAAAAAAGGGAAAGAAAGGAAAAGGAAAGGGAAAGAAAGAUGGCAAACUAGAGUCAAAACGAGAUAAGGAGUCUGAUACAGAGAGGGCAAAAGCAAACGCGGCUCUGUGGGAGGCCAGGUGUGAUCUGACGGAGAGCUCGCGCGUGGAGUACCGAGAAACCGCGCGAAGACUGAGCAAACUCAACCAGCAGCUCACAGAUCUGCAGCACAGCACUGAGAAGAGCAGCAUCGAGAUCAUCGCUGUUCUGAGGAACAAAGACCUGCAGAACGAGCAGAAGAUAAUGGCACUGGAACAACAAAUACAGCUUGAGAAAACAAGGGCCUCUCAGGAAAAAGAGAACUUGGCCACUCAGUACACACUAAAGAUCAGUGAGCUGGAGGAGAAGUUUAACAAGAGAUCUAGCGAGUUCAACAUAAUUCAAGAGGAGCUUAAGAUCAUCAAUGACUUCCUUAAGAAGAAGCCCCAAAUGGAGCAAGAACUUAAACAUAUGAAAGAAACAAUGGACAAUGCAGAUCUAGAACACAAGAAAACACUUGCAAGAAUGGAGCAAAAGUUCUUCAAUAAUAAGGUUCAUCUAGAGAAGGAAGCUGAGCAAAAGAUUGCUGUGCUUGCAGAAAGAGCUCACAAUGAAGCCAUCAUACAGCUGGAUGACUCAUCUCGCUCCAUCUUCAAGGAGAAUGUGCGACUUAAUAAGGCAUUGGGUUACCACAUCAAAGAGGUGGAGGAUCUGCGGAAGAGAAAUGCAGCGCUGGCAGAAGAGAACAACAUCCUCAGUCUGCAUAAGGAGAUGAGUCUGGACACCUCAAAUGGCACCAUAUCUAAGCUUACAGCCCAGCGGAGCUCAGUUUCUGGGCUGAGGGCCAAGGUGUUCAUGCUGGAGCAGGCCCUGGCCAGCAGGGUGGCUGAGUUUGAGUGGGAGAAGGCUGACAUCAAGGAGCGUGCUGCAGUCAGGACUCAGGCCAGCGGCGUAGAGCUGGACAAACUGCAGAAGCUCCUGAGCGUACGGGACAGGGAGCUGAGCCGAGUGAAGAGAAUAGCCCGCAGUAUAGUGGAGCAGCGCUCAGACAUGGAGAUCCUGUUCUAUGAGGCUCUGAACCACGUCAAGCAGGAGAUGCUAAUGCACAGACAGGAAGCAGAAGUAAAUCAUAGCAGGCGGAUGGAUGAGUUCCUAUCAGGCAGAAGGGAGAACGCUCACAUUCACACCAUCAACAAAACACCCCACAGCACUUCCAUUGAUAUGAACAAGACUGAAAAAGGCAAUCUGAAGAAAGCAAAAGUGAACAUAUCAGAGAUGACCUGGGAGCAAAGAGAGAGAGUUCUCAGAGUGCUCUUUGCUAAAAUGAAUAAACUAAAAUCAAAGAAACCAAUUCAUGCUCCAGCUCUGACGGAUUCAGAUGGGAACCAGUGUAGCAGCAGUCCAGGGAAUGAAGAGGAAGAAUCCCAUGCAAGCUUUUUAACCCAAGUACCAGUUUCCAGUAUGAGCUCCAGUGGAAACUGCAGUGCUCUGCCAGACCUGUAGAUCAUCUGACCUCAUCACAGAUAAGAGAGCCAAAUAAUGUCAAAGUAUAAGUUAAAUAUUACAUAUCAGCUAUAAAAAAACUGGAAGUGUUCAUGAAUGUCUAAACUAAAAAUUAAAAGAAGCCACAAAAAAAAAA